AUGUGUAAGGAAUCUAACGCUAUGUUAAAUGAUGAGUAUAUCAUUAAGGCCUUUAUAAAAUAAGAUAGAGAUGUGAUUAUUUUUGGAGACUCAGAGGAUGUCGAAACUCUGAGAAAGAUAAAUUGCACCUAUAACUAUGCUUUAGUCCUAUAUGAAAAUAAUGUUCUUGAAUGUCUUAAAUAAGCUGAAUAGAUGUUUAGAUAAAAACCCAACAAUCUUGACUUCAAUAUAGAUACAAUCAUAAUUAAUCGAAACAAACUUUGGUAGAUCAGAAUCGGAGAUGAGUAAAAUUAGGAUCCUGUGGAAUUGAAAAGAGUUACACAGAUGCAUCAAGAAUAAAUUACCUAGUAACUCUGCGACCUUAGAUGUUUGACUUAGUGCAAAAAGAUAUUCUUAAGUAACUGCGAAUUACUUUAUCAACCAUUCUCAGAGUACUUUUAAAAGAACAAAAAAAAGAUGAAAAUUGAAUCAUUAAAAUUACACACCUACGUAUUCAAUACAAAUAUCAAUAUUGAUUUAGCGAAUGAAGGCUAUUGUGAAGCUCUUGAGACAGCUCUAAAGUCUCAAUAACUGAAGGAAUUGAUAUUGUAAAGACUGUAUUUUGACAAAAGAACAAUUGAAUUCAUGAAAGAUUAUUUACAGUUUGGAAGAAGCCUACAAAGAUUAGAUAUAAGUUUUGAUCAAGAAAAUGUAAAGAGGGGAAUCACAAACUAAGAUUAAUUAGAUCUGUUUUUCAGAAUAAUGGCUGAUAUGCCAAGACUUUAAAAAGUGAAAUAUGAAUUCAUGAAUACAAUUGGAUAGCUGACAUACUUCUCUGAGGAGUGGAAUAACUACUAGUGCAAUUUAUAAGAAUUAAAAUUGUACAAUGGAGAUAAGAUGAUCCAAUAAAUAAUCCAAUGGCUUUGCUUAAUUCCGAUGAAUCCAAAUCUUAAGAAAUUCCAUAUAAUCGAUCUCUCUAAUAAAUAGAAAUACCACGACAGUGCUUUGUACAAUUUAAGCAAUUUUAUAUCAAAGCACUAACUUUUGGAGAUUGUCUUUCAACUUGUACUUUCUACUGAACAUCACCAUGAUCUAUUUCAAAUUUGCAUGCACCAUGAGACUAUUAAGGAUUUUAACAUUUAUAGAGACAAAUCGAUUGUUUAAAAUCUAGAUUUCAACUUUACAAAGCAAUUUAGUAAAGAAAAGCUUAUACUUAAUGGAAAUGAUAUCUAUUCUGAAUAAUUUUGCUAAACUCUUGAUAACUUUUGCCAAGAUAAAAGCAAUUGUUAAAUUAGCACAAUUAGAAUUAACUCGAAAAUGAGUGAAUAAAUAGAACAAAUGCUCCCAACUCUUAAAGAUGUGAAUAAAUUUGAGGCAUAUCAUUGUCAAGUGAACUUCAAACUUUUUAAAGUUUUCAAUAAUCUCUAGUACCUUGAAUUAUUUUGGGCAGAAAUGGAUGCUACUAAGAUAAUGAAUUUAAUUUCGUUCUUUAUCUCUGAUCAAAACAAGUUGACUCAUUUCAGUAUGAGUAGCGCUAAUUUUGUUCUGCAAGAAGAAGAAAUACAUAUAUUAGAUGAUUUUGUUCAAUCACUGGAAUGCUUGAAGAGUGUGAAAGAGUUAUCGUUUUAAUUGUGUAAAUUCAACAUCAUCAAAGAUCAAACUGGAUUAGCUAAAACUCUUUCAAAGUUAAAUUCACUAGAAAAGCUAAAGCUAGAUUAUUGCUACCUCACUGAUAGUUUUUUAAUAGAAUUUAGCAAGCUAAUACAGGAACCAAAAUUAUAUCAAAAGCUCAGUUAUCUGCAGAUCUCAUAUCAUAAUUAUGAAGAUAUUGAAGUAGUUUCAAAUUACUUGAAAGCAGUUGCUCAUAACAAAACUAUAAGAGAGUUUGUCUCGAGAUAACUCUUACCAUAAUUCUUAUAAUCUGAUUAGGCAAUAGUAAAGAGGCUGGAAUAAUCAGCAUAAUAUUUGCUAGAUUAUAAUAAGAAGAUAUUUUUUAUUGAUUUAACCAGGAGUUAUUUAAGAAAAAUUAGCAAUAAGUACCCGUGGAGAGCUAUUUAUUAUUGA